UCCCUCCUCCUCCUCCCUGCCUACUCAUCAGCCUGCACUUCCUAGGGAAGUCACAGCCCAGCCUGCAGCAAGAAAAACUGGCGAGUUUUCAUUUGGAGGACUAAACAGCAAUGGAGAGUCCGCAGGCCUCACCAGGCUGUACAACAUGGGGCUGCCCAGAUGGAAGCUUCACCAAAACCAUUCUCGAGCCGGGAUCCGGACUGGACAAGCCCAAAGAGCAUGCUGUAUGUGUGAUAUAUUUGGAGCAUCCCGCUAACCCUCCAUCCCAGUUCUGCUCCACAUCCGACCCCGGUUAUCCUGCUGGAAGCUGGGUUGAGGUGGAACUUGGGGAGGGGGAUACUGCACAGGACCGCCUAGUUGACCAAUGUCUAGAGACCAUGCUUCAAGGGGAGGUCUGUCAGGUGGACAGCCCACUAGGAUUCCAGUUCGUCUUGCGGCUGAAAAGCUUUGAAAAGGGCACAGAAGCUUGGGAACUGGAACCAAGCGAGAAGAUCCAAGGAGCCAUAAAGGACCGGGAAAAAGGCGGCAUGGCUUUCAGGAAUGGUAACAUCGAAGGGGCAGAGAGGCGGUAUACCCGGGGGCUCAGACUCUUGGUGUGCACCCCCGGUGAAGCUGAAGAGGAAAAGGUGGCGCUUCUGUCCAACUUGGCCGCUUGCGACCUCAAGAAGAAACGUUUUCGAGAAGCGGAGGUGAGGUGCACCCGAAUUCUAGACAUGGAUCCCAACCACCACAAAGCUCUGUACCGGAGAGGCAUAGCCAGGGCGGGCAUGUCGGACUGGGAGGGGGCGAGGGGCGACUUCGACAAGCUUCUGAAAUUGGAUCCAGGUAACAAGGAAGCAAAGAGGGAGCUGUUGAGCGUUCGGGAGAAGGAGAAGAUUGCGCAGGCGCAAAUAAGCAAGGCCUUGGGGAAGAUGUUCCUUUAAGGUGAACCUAUUGCCUACUCCGGGAAAUGGUGGACAGUGUCGGGUACAUUCGUUGUUGCAAGUGCAGGCAGUGUAGGACCUCCGACCAUCGUUAGGUUGCUGUAAUCGGAGAUCUGGUUGCUUUGGGUUACUUCUCAUCUGUAUCGCUGUUUGUGUUGUUGCAAAUCUUCUCGCCUUAUUGAAUAAGCUUGCACAUGAGCUAAACCACAUUGUCCCAAGGACAUUACAGGGGCAAGAGACCCAAAAUGACUCAAUGGUUGCAAAACAGCUCCCUUCUGUCAGCUUAAAAAAAAAAGAAAAAAGGCCGCUGGCAGUGUGAGCAGGUGACAGGUGCACUUUAUGCUGACACUGGAGUGUGUGCUUAGAGAAUUUGUCUAAUAUACCUCAGGGAGAGACUUAAUAGAAUGGUGUGUUGAACGGGGCACAGGAUGCUUGGUAAAUAUUAUGUACAAAUAAAUUGUGUUAUUUAU